AUGGUGGCUGGCUUCAAGGCCGAGCGGGCCUUUGAGGCCAUCUCCUUUGAGCAUCUUCGACGCCACUGGACGACCUCCAGCGAGCCGUUCGUCGCCAUCUCUGGGGUUUCAGUCGACCUCUUCAGCGCCUACUGUGAGGAUGACGAAGACGCUCCGGUCGCGCUGCGCUUUGUGGACCUCGUCGACGGCGACACUUACAUCACGGGCUAUGCUUCAAGCACGCACGAGGCGGUCAUCGACAGAUUCAAGAGCGCGUUCCUCCGAGCUACAGGCGACGGCGAUGAGGUGGCAACGCGCGGUUCGUUCACGGCUUCACGAGGCCGAGGCAUCAAGAAGAAGCAGGCCGACGCCACCUUUGGUCCAUUGCGCCAACCGCCCAACCGAGUCGAGCCGCCGCCGGUCGAUGAAGGACCACAGCGCGUGUUGCUUGACGUCGGGGACUGGGUGACGCUGGCCGUCGAGGUCGGCCACUAUGAGACGUGGAAUGGGCUCGAAGUCGCGGGCAACUGGUGGUCCCACUACGUCGGCGUCAAGUACGUGCUUUUGAUGCAAGUCAACGCAGCUGCAACACAGCUGGCGUACCAAUUGUAUGAGAUCUCGCAGGUAGGCUCCCUGCCCCCGGCGUCCCGACGCGGGUCCAUGACGCUGGACAACAUCGCCGAUGCAAAGUGCCCGACCCUCCGCUUCGACACGCGCGUGCUGCUUGUGAUUCCUCCAGGCGAGCCGUUGCCAGCGAACAUGAACGACUACUGCUACGUGAACCUUCUUCGUGUGCUAGAAAUCGCCCGUCGUAUCCUUUACCAGCCCGCGCAGAGGCUGGUGUACGAGCGCUAA